CAGCUUGCGUCUGGGAGCUCCUCGCCUCCCCUCCCCUCCCUCUGCAGACGCAGUCACACACACAAAAAGAAGCGAGACGCCGACGGCGAGAGAGGGUCGGAGGGAGCGGACGGAGGAGCGAGCCCGCGGCCACCAUGACCGAGACGACCAAGACCCACGUUAUCUUGCUGGCCUGCGGCAGCUUCAACCCCAUCACCAAGGGCCACAUUCAGAUGUUCGAAAGAGCCCGGGAUUAUCUGCACAAGACUGGAAGGUUCAUUGUCAUCGGUGGUAUUAUCUCACCAGUACAUGACUCCUAUGGAAAGCAGGGUUUGGUCUCCAGCCGACAUCGCCUGACAAUGUGCCAGCUGGCUGUUCAGUCCUCUGACUGGAUAAGAGUGGACCCCUGGGAAUGUUAUCAGGAUACUUGGCAGACAACGUGCAGUGUACUGGAACACCACCGGGAUCUGAUGAAACGAGUGACUGGCUGCAUCCUUUCUAACGUGAACACACCUUCCUUGACCCCAGUGAUUGGACAGCCCCAGAAUGAAUCCCCACAGCCUAUCUAUCAGAACAGUAAUCUCUCAAACAAGCCUACUGCAGCAAAGUUUUUGGGGAAGGUGGGAGAAAGCCUAAGCAGGAUUUGCUGUGUUCGUCCACCAAUGGAGCGUUUCACCUUCGUGGAUGAAAAUGCAAAUUUGGGGACAGUGAUGAGGUAUGAAGAAAUUGAGCUCCGGAUCUUGCUGCUGUGCGGAAGUGAUUUACUGGAGUCCUUCUGUAUCCCAGGCCUGUGGAAUGAAGCUGAUAUGGAAGUGAUCGUUGGGGACUUUGGCAUUGUUGUUGUGCCACGUGAUGGUGCCGACACAGACCGGAUUAUGAACCAUUCGUCAAUACUCCGCAAGUACAAAAACAAUAUCCUGGUUGUGAAGGAUGAUGGGAAUCACCCUAUGUCUGUUGUCAGUUCUACCAAAAGCAGGCUGGCUCUCCAGCACGGUGAUGGGCACGUUGUGGAUUAUCUGAGUCAGCCAGUCAUCGAUUACAUCCUCAAGAGCCAACUGUACCUAAAUGCCUCUGGUUAAAGCUCCUCUGGCAAUGCAACAAAACAGCCCUAUCGCUACACUUUCCUAUUGUUCUUUAUCACAAAUCCUCUUUCUCAUGCUCUUUUCUUUUUCACUGCCUCUUGCGUGCAUCCGCCUGUUUCACUCUCAUGCUUCCACCUCACCCAAGCCCACCCACGUGCAGGCUAGUGCUGCAUACAACCUCAACCACAUCCCAUCAAGCCAUCCUUUCCCCUGUUAGCAGAGAAAACAGGAUAAAAGUAUUGGGUGCCAUGUGCCUGAAGGGAGCAGCCUUGGGCUCCACCUUCCCAGCAUGCAGUAGGAACAUGACACCAUCUACCUACCUUUGCAACAUGCUUUGGGCCCAACAUGUUUCUUUUUAAAAAUUUAUUUGUGAUGUUGGGGAGGGCUUUUUAUUCGUGUGCUCCAUUAUAAUUACAAUGCAGUUGACCUACUUGGUACAAAGCCCAGAAUUUUUUUUAGGUUAGUCAUGUAAGAUAUUAGCCUUAAGCUAAAGGCAGAAGGAAAGAGUCCAAAUUCAUGAGGCAUCUUAUGUGGGAAACAGCAACCAAGGUUUUCUGGCACAAAAAGGGCAGAAAAGAGGCUUAUUUCAUAUGUAAUUGAUCUUAAUUUCUGUUGUAAAUAGAAUGUUUUUGGAAAGGGGAGUUCUAAUAGGGUUUCUACCAUGCUUUAAAUCUGUUUGUAAACAGGGUACACUGUCUUGGGAUGCUGUAAAUCACUCACCUCAUUUUGUCAUACCUUCUCUGUAACGAAGUCUAGGAAUUGCUACCCUUUCC